AUGACAGCCUACAUAGCCAUUAUCUUUAAGGUGUUUAAGUCACAGCAGAGAAUCAAGGCACAUGGAGAAUCAAAAACCAAUAACAGCCUCAACAGAGAGUCGGCCCUCGCUCGGAGAGUGUUCGCCAUCAUCUUAACUGACUUCAGUUGCUGGAUUCCUGUGAUAAUUUUGAGUAUUCUUGCCCUCGUUGGGAAGUUCAAUGAUCCCGACGGAACGGCUUACGUUUGGUUUGCUGCGUUUGUCCUGCCGGUUAAUUCAUCAGUUAAUCCAGUGCUCUACACGUUUUCUACACCGAAGGUAAGAGCGCAAGUGGGGAAACCUGAACGAAGGUGUAAAAAUGAC